AUGGGGCCGGCGUUUCUCCUUUGCCGCGUGUUCCCUCGCUCAAUUCUCCGAAAGCAUCCGACCGCGAUCCUAAACUUCUCCCUCCGGUCGCUCCGCUCACGCAACUGCUGUAGACGAGGUUACAGCACGUGGCGAUGGCGGUGGGCAAAUAACCCUCGACGGCCAACACUUGCCUCUACUAUUCUCUUCUCGACCGCGAACGUUGCGGGUCUCGGCGCGCUCGCCUUCGUCGAUCUUUCGGAAGAUGGCGAUGAACCGGUUGACAUAACCUGGGAAACACGACUUCUCGAGUCGUCGCGGACCGAAUUGAAAACGAAAAAGGCAGAAAGGGGAAAGAACAAGGAAAACCCGAUAUUAAGGGUGCUGUACCGGGUGCUCUACUUUCUUGAUUAUUAUAUCUGGGAGCCCAUAAAUACUGGCGCGCGGUUCCUACACCUUACGUUUAUCUUCGUCCCAGUGUUGGCUGCGGUGCCAGCGAUAUGGCUGGGAAAACGGCAACCCGAUCGCGACAAUGAGCGGAGCGGUGCGCUGUGGUGGUACGGAUUUCUGGUACACUCUAUGGAGUGGGCAGGCCCGGCAUUCAUUAAGUUGGGGCAAUGGGCGGCCUCACGAACAGACAUCUUCCCGACGCAAAUGUGCGAAGUCAUGUCAAAACUCCACUCGGAGGCCCCCGCGCACUCGAUGCCCAUGACUCGCCGAAUGAUCGAGGUCGCGUUUGGCGGGGUAGACUUUGACGAUAUAUUUGCCGAGUUCGACGAGAGGCCGCUGGGCGUGGGCGCCAUUGCCCAAGUAUACAAGGCCAAGCUAAAGCCGGACUUGGCUCUGCCCAGCGACACCGAUCUCGAGGAAGAACCGUGGAACCUUCGGCAGGAUGUUGUCCGCAGCGUCCAGCAUAUCUUGAAGCAGUCUCCGCAGAGGGUACCGUCACAUUACGUCGCCGUCAAAGUGUUACAUCCCAACGUCGAGAGAAUAGUACGACGAGAUCUUCGCAUCAUGGGCUUCUUCGCGCGGGUGCUCAACCUCAUUCCGUCCAUAGAAUGGCUGUCCCUACCGGACGAAGUCGAGAAUUUCGGGGAUAUGAUGAAACUCCAGCUUGAUCUGCGGAUAGAAGCUGCCAACUUGGCUCGCUUCCGUCAAAAUUUCAAGGACCGCACAACGGCGUGGUUUCCGUACCCUUACCCUGAGCUCACGACUAGAAACGUCCUUGUCGAAGAGUUCGCAAAUGGCAUCCCGCUCUCGGCAUUCCUCGACUAUGGUGGUGGCGUCUUCCGGACGGACAUCGCUGACGAAGGACUCGACGCGUUCCUUCGGAUGCUCCUAUUAGAUAACUUUGUUCACGCCGACUUGCACCCUGGAAAUAUUAUGGUGCGUUUCUACCAGCCGGCGCAGCCCGAGAUCCCACGGCUCCGGAAGCCGGCAACGGCGGCCGACGACUUACCGCCGAGUCCACCAUCCGACGACGCAACGGAACACGUUCGCUCACGCCUCGAACCGCACCUGCGGAACAAGGAUCCUAAAUCCUGGCUGUCGGAGCUCGAGAAGCUCGAGAAGGAGGGCUAUCGACCGCAGCUCAUCUUCAUCGACGCCGGCCUCGUGACGGAGCUCAACUCGACGAACCGGCAAAACUUUCUCGACCUCUUCCGAGCGGUGGCGGAAUUCGACGGGUACAAGGCGGGGAAUCUCAUGUGCGAGCGGUGCCGACAGCCCGAGGACGUCAUCGACCAGGACGUUUUCGCUCUCAAGAUGCAGCACCUCGUGCUGGACGUCAAGGGCCGAACGCUGGCGCUGGGCAACAUUAAGCUCGGUGAUAUCCUGCAGCGCGUGCUCGCCAUGGUGAGGAACCACCACGUGCGGUUGGAGGGCGAUUUCGUCAACGUCGUCAUUAGCAUCCUGCUGCUCGAGGGCAUCGGCAGGAAUUUAAACCCCAACGCGGACCUGUUGCGCAGCUCGUUGCCGAUCUUGAGACAGCUUAGUGCGCAGAGCGGCGCGGAGAUGGCGAAGUCGGGAGACUUUUCUGUGAUUUUGAUAUGGAUGGGCCUAGAGACGAGACGUUUCUUACAGGCCAGCGUUGAAGAUGUCGAGCGAUGCGUGAAAUAUGAUCUCCUCUCUCCUAAUGUAUAA